AUGGCAGCCUUUUCCCGGCCCAGCCGAUGGCGUGGCUCGGUGUGCUGGAAUCCGAGGGGGAUUUCCGUGGGGGGAGCGGGGCGCUGGGACCCCCUCCGCCCCAUUUCCCCUCGGGGACGAGCUCCGGGGCUGCAGGGCUCUGUGGGCUGGAGGCAGCCCUUCCUGGGGGAGCAGCCGGCCGCUGUUCCCUGCCCGGGGGAGCCCGAAAUUGUGCGCGGCGAGCCCCGCGGGCCGGGCUGCGGGCGCCGCCGCCGCUCCGCGAUUCCGUUGCCGCCGCUCCGCGGGCGCCGCCGGGCUCGGGCGCCGCCGCCAGCCGCAGCCUCGGGAAAAGGAGCCGGGCUUCACCAUGGCUCAGUCCUCCCCCGGCCGGGCAGCCCGAGCCGGGCCGCCUCUUGGGCUGAGAAACCCCGAAAUUGGUUAUCUGCGCGGCGGGAGGGCAGCGGGGCCGCUCCGAGCGGCGCUUCCCGGGAGAGCCGCGGGUGCUGCGGCAUCGCCCAGCCCGGCCCGGCGGGGCCGCAGCUCCAGCCCUCCCGGGCGGCUGGACCCCCCAAAACCCCUCGGUUUAACCCCUCUGCUCCUCCCGAGCCGCCGCUGCCGCCGGCCGGGAUCGCUGCCGCGCCGAGCGUGGCGUGCCCCGCCGUGACGCUGCUUGAAUUUCAGCCAGAUCGCCGAAUUCCCGCUUGCUCCUGCGGUUGCAAGCAGUUUUGGGAACACGUUGUCUGCCUGAAACAUGUCAGAAUCGGCCACAAAUUGCAGAUGAGACUGAUAACAAAAGCCAUCAACAGAAAAUAGGUAGAAAAACAACACGGUGGAGGCUGAGAGACCACUGAAGGGCUUUUUUGUG